GCUCCUCGGCUGUUCCCUGGCGUAACUUCCGGCCUGCGGACUCGGAAAGGAGAGCGGGCGGCGUUUCUGCUUUCUCUUCUUCUUGCGGUAGGCGGGACUGCAUUUCCCGGCGUCCCUGGCGCCACUUCCGGUUCCGGUUCUCUUUCCGGCCCUCCUGCGUCCGCGCUUCCGGUCCGAUGCUGGCGGCGGGGCUGAGGGGCCUUCCCGGCCUGCUGGGCCGCGGCGCCCCGAGCCUGGUCCCCUCGCGAGGCCGCAAGACCCGCUUCGACCCUCCGGCCAAAUCCAAGGCGGACCGGAUCAAGGUGCCGCCGCCUGUCGACCCGGCCGAGCUGCUGGUCGUCCUCGACCGCUACGAGCAGUACCGGCGGGUGGUGAGCGCCCUCAGAUUUGAAAUGAAGGAAGAAGUACAAUUCAAACACUACGAUCUCAAGUACGGGGAAACGGCGAAGCUGAGGAAGAAAGCUCAGGACGAGGAACAUCAACGUCUCAUGGCCUUGAACGAUGCGGAAAAUAAGCGCUUACUCGAACGCAGGUUGGAGCGUCUUCGGCAGGAGGAAUUAUUGGAGAAGACCCGCAAGCUACAAAGUGACCAACACAGGGAAACCUUUCAGGAGGAAUUCCUCAAGAAGAAAGAGAUGGAGGUGCUUCAGUUACAGGAACAAUCCCAGAAUUUCAUCACUCUCGAAAACCUGGACCAGCGGAUCGAGGAGUGCCUGAACAAGACGCAGAAUUACAAUUUUGCCAUCGAUAAAGACGGGAGAAUAGUUAAGAGGACGGCCGUAUCGUAAGCCGCCUCUCCCACAGGGGAAGGAGCAUUCCAUCUAGAUCCGAGGUUGGCGGUGAGCGAUCGGGGGAUCCCCGUAUGGCUCCACCCCAUCAAUAUCACCGCCCUCAAAGCGGGGAAUAGCGGAUAAUUCAUGCUUUCCAAACUCUGGUUUGACAACCACUCUGGCUCUUUUUUCAGGACGAAAUCCAUCAUCUUCAGAGAUUUGGGGUGCGUGUAUCUGUAUGUAUGUGUGUGUGUUAGUGUUAUUUUGGCGUCUCAUCCUCAGUUGUUCCUGCCUUUUAGAUUUCAAUUUUUGAAAAAGUGAUCCUGCCUCUCUCUAUGUGUGCAAAACCGAUGUGCUCCUUCCUUUUUCACAGAUCGGUUUCUUCAGAAAAACGAAACAGUGCUUAGCGAAGUCUUUUCUUUGAAAAAUAAUUUGACCUAUUCUUUAGGUUCUCUGGAUUGCUCUGUAAUUAAAUACAAUAUUUUA